AUGGAAAGAGAAAAUGGCGAAGUAGAAAUGUUUGGUGAUGGAGAUGAAUUUGGUUAUGAUGCUGUUGUUAUUGGGUCAGGAUAUGGCGGUUCUGUUGCGGCUUGUAGGUUGUCCAUGGCGGGAGUUAACGUCUGUUUAAUAGAAAAGGGUCGAAAAUGGGAGGCUCAGGACUUUCCAACCACCUGUUUCAAAGUCAUAUCUGAGCUAAGGAUGGAAAACAAGAACUUGGGUGUCAGUUUUGGCCCAAAAGAUGCUUUGUUUCAGGUACAUGUACAGGAUAAUUCCCUAGCGGCACUCGCUUGUGGUCUUGGUGGAGGCUCACUAGUAAAUGCUGGAGUAAUGAUUCCAACUCCAGUUACUGUAAGACGGAACUCGAAAUGGCCAAAGGAAUGGGAACAUGACUGGGAUAUUUGUGAAGCAUCCGCGUCAUCUAUGUUGAGAGCACAAAGUAUACCAGUUGAAUUCCCUAAUGCUAAAGUCAUGAAAGAAAUAGUUGAAGAUGAAAUAGAAGAGUGUUACCCCAACUCCAUCAAGUUAAGCAUGAAUUUCAACGACGAAGAAACACAAUCCUCUAUAAAGAUGGGUAGCUGUUUAGCUUGUGGAAAUUGCCUUUCCGGUUGUCCUUAUAAUGCUAAAAGUUCAACAGACAAGAAUUAUUUGGCUUUAGCUGUCCAGUUUGGUUGUACAAUAAAAACAGAAUGUGAAGUUCAGUUUGCUGUUGAAGAAAUUUCUGAAGGCGUAAACAGGAAUAGCAGAAAGCGGAACCGUAGAUGGAGAAUUUAUUACAAUGACAUUGAUUAUGUAGCCUCUGAUUUUAUAGUGAUCUCAGCCGGCGUUUUCGGCACAGCUAAGAUACUUUUCCAGUCAGAAAGAAGAGGACUAAGAGUGUCAGAUCAGCUUGGUUGUGGAUUUAGCUGUAAUGGUAAUAAUGUUGGUUUCCUAAUUGGUAGUCCAGCUCCACUGAAUGCUCAUGGAUUGGACAAACAGCAAUUUUCCAAGAUACCAUUUCAGAAUCGUCCUGGACCAUCAAUUUCUGCAUCAUACACUUCUUCUUUGGGGUUCACUAUCCAGAGCGCCGUACUUCCUGCAGCAUUCCCGUCACUGCUAUUCAAGGGAAUAACAACUUAUGGAUGGCCAAUUGGUUGCUGGUUCUUACAUGGGUUGAUAGACAAACUGAAGCGCAUGAUGCGUGUAAAAGAUAGUCAAGCGGUGGUGCUUAACGUCAUGGGACAUGAUGAUAGUGAUGGAAGAAUUACACUUGAAGAGAACACAAACAAGAUUUGUUUUAGUCCACCUCGCGAUCCAAUACUCAACCGAAAAAUCCAAGCUUUUCAAAAGCUUACUAAGAGAUUAGGAGGAAUCCUUUUCAUUUCCAGGUACAGAAGCACAUCGGUUCAUCUCUUAGGUGGGUGCAAUGCUUCGUCAGAUCCAUCCAAAGGCGUUUGCAACUCCAAUGGUCAAGUUUUUGACCCUCGAAGUCCCUCAUCAGUGCAUCCAGGUCUAUAUGUAUGUGACGCAUCCUUGAUUCCAUGUUCCAUUGGCAUAAAUCCGUGCCUUACUAUUGCUACAGCUGCUGAGCAUGUAAGUCGAAACCUAGUUCAGGAUGCUCUUAUGUACAAGAGAUCUACCUAUCCAACUGAAAUUCCCACGCCAAAACUCGGUGCCUGCAAGAAGUUAGAAACCGGAAUGGAACCAGCUGUCAUCAUUAGAGAGACCAUAACAGGUUAUUUGGGUGGUAUGCCAUGUACAGCAUAUCUGACAAUGAAGAUGAAUUCCAGUAUCCAGAAGGGACCAAAUGAAUCGAAUUCGGUUUUAAGCGAAUCUCAUCCACUUCUUAGAGGACUUGUUGGUGGGUAUGUUGUUCUGAAAGCUGUGGAGAAGGAUAAACUCUAUGUAAUCAGCGGAGAAGUCGACAUGUGCAGAGUUGAUAACAAGACUCCUUACACACAAUACAUGUAUUACCAUCUCAUCCUUGCAUCCGCAUCUGGUUCAAGAUAUGUUCUGGAAGGGAGGAAGAUAAUGAAUCCAUAUCUCCUUGCCUUAUAUGCAUGGAAGGAAACUACAACUCUACAUGUAACACUAAAAAGAAUCAAUGAGCGCAGUUUAAAUUCCGAGACAAUGGAUAUAAAAGGCGAGCUGCAUCUUUCGGUUGUUAAUCUUCUAAAGAGCUUGAUAAUCUUGGAAGGUAACAAGAAAGGAAGAUUCAUAUGUCUACUAUUACAAUCCUUCCGGAGAACUUAUAUCUUACAGAUACCCAGAGGAAACCCUGUGCACAUAUCUUCCCUGGGUUUUUGUCAGAAGCCUUAUCCGAAGAGUGAUAUCCAUGAGAUGAUGACAGAAGAUGGGUGCAUGAUCAGCUGUAGACAAUGGAAAUGCGAACUGAAUGAAUUGAAGCACCAAGAGCAGAGACGGAAAAAUCCGGUUCUCCUGAUUAAUGGGUACUCCACUGAGAGUUUUUGUUUACCGACUGAACCAAAAGAUUUAGUUAGAACUUUACUCGAAGAAGGAUACGAAACUUGGUUACUUCAAGCUAGAUUACAUCCUUUUCAUCCUUCAAAUGCUUUCACAAUUGAAGAUAUCGGGAAGUUUGAUAUUCCUGCAGCAAUCUCAAAGAUUCUUGAACUUCAUGGAGAUUCUGUAAAAGUUCAUGUCGUGGCACAUUGUGUUGGAGGCUUAGCAAUUCACAUUGCUCUCAUGGGAGGUCAUAUCUCCACAACACAUAUUGCAUCUCUUUGUUGCACCAAUUCCUCAAUGUUCUUCAAGCUCACUAUGUCUUCGUUAGUAAAGAUGAGACUUCCUCUUAUCCCUAUCUCAAUGAAAAUACUAGGCAUUAACACGGUCCUACCGCUGUUAGCAACUUCAAAGACAACAAGUCUCCGUCAUCGACUGCUAAAAUGCAUAGCUCGGUUUAUCCCUCGAUACGAACGGUGCACACUAGAUGAAUGUGAAGUCUUUUCAGGCAUAUUUGGCAACACAUUUUGGCACAAAAACAUAACCUCAACAAUGCACCAGUGGCUAAACAAACAAAGUUUACCACAUCUUCCAAUGUCCGCUUUCCCACACCUUCGGAAAAUCUGUUUAUCUGGUUUCAUUGUAAACUCUGAUGGUACCAACACGUAUUUGGUACAUCCGGAGAGAAUGAAGCUUCAUACAACAUAUAUUUCUGGUGGAAAAAGCUUACUGGUAACACCGGAAACUUCGUUUCUAGCUAAUCAGUAUAUGAAGUUGCACCAACCUGGUUAUAAACAUACAAGAGUGGUUUUAGAAGAUUUUGGGCAUUCAGAUCUUUUAAUUGGUGAAAAUUCUUGGAAAUUUGUUUUCCCGCAUAUUUUAUCUCAUAUGGAAUCAUCUGAAAAUGAAGAAGUUGGUGUUCAAGAAAGCAGGGGAGUGAAAUGGAUCUGGACUGGAGUUGGUUUAUUACCCACCUCCAGGGUCAGAAAAUUUCAGACUCUUAUCUAA